CACUUGUUCCUGCACCGUAACGAUGACGUCUAUGACAUUUGGGCAGAAAAAGUUCAUUCCAACUGCACCGGAUAAGGGAAGCUUCCCGCUGGAUCACGGCGGCCAGUGCCGCAAGCUGAUGCUGUUCUAUAUGCGCUGUUUGCGCGAAAACGCCGACGAUAAUUCUGCAUGCCGGGAGGAAUCGAAAGCCUAUCUGCAGUGCCGUAUGGAUAACGACCUGAUGGCAAAGGAAGACUUUGCCAAGCUAGGUUACAGUGAGUCGGAAAAGAGGAAACCAGAACAAUCCUAGUUCAACCCUUCAAUCACCGUGUAAAUAUUCCCCCAACAAAUCAUCAAAAACACACACACACACACACAAUGAAAGUGAAGAAAAACAUUCUCGUCGGAUGUACCGGCAGUGUGGCAACGAUCAAGCUUCCCCUGCUUGUGGAAAAGCUACUUCAGUUGGUCGAUUUUGAGCUGCAAGUACACGUCAUAGUAACCGAACGUGCGCGGCAUUUCUUCACCCCCGAUGAGCUUCCCGGUACGGUCACCCUACACACCGACGAGGAAGAGUGGACCAGCUGGCAGAAGCGCGGUGACCCGGUACUACACAUCGAGCUCGGAAAAUGGGCCGAUCUGCUGGUGAUUGCACCACUCGAUGCUAACAGCCUAGCGAAGAUGGCCAACGGGUUGUGUGACAAUCUGUUGCUCUGCACCACCCGGGCCUGGGAUCCGGCGAAACCGUUACUCUUCUGUCCGGCCAUGAACACGCGCAUGUGGGACCAUCCGAUUACGGGAGCGCAGAUAGCGACGCUUAAAUCAUGGGGCCACCGGGAGAUACCGUGCAUCGCGAAAACGCUCAUGUGCGGUGAUACGGGACUGGGAGCGAUGGCCGAGGUAGACACGAUCGUUAGUACGGUCCGCGAAACGUUACUAGAACAGGGAUGAUUGUUUUAACAUACAGAUAGAGAAAUGCAUUCAAACUUACACACCGAAA